AAAAUCAUACAAAUGACACUAAAGAACCUGAAGAACCUGAAAAACCCAAAGAGCCUGAAGAACCCGAAGACUCGAAGAACAAUUGCAAGAAAGAUCUCAGGAAAGGUCGCAAGGAAGGUCCUGAGGAAGGCCUAGAGGAAGGUCGCAAGAAAGGUCCUGAGGAAG